AUGUUGAUUGAUCGCGAGAAGGACCGCAACUUCUCAGAGGCGGAUAGGAUCCGCGACGAUCUGCGCGACCGAGGCAUUGAGAUUUCUGAUCGAGAGCGGAAAUGGGAGGCGAAAGACGGACGCGUAGGACAGCGUCCGAAUCACGACGAAAAGAAGAAAGAUGACUGA